AUGGCGUCGGUCAAGUCCCUGGGGCUGCAUCAGCCAAGCGGCCUCCAACACACCAUCCACGAAGAUGCCCCGCCGACGACAUACACCUGGGAAGUCACCACCGACCCAGACCACGACGAGUACGAUGAUGGAGGCGAAGUUGAGGACGAGCUUUUGGUGACCAAGGACUGCGUUGUUUGGAGCCGCGGCGGCGUCUUCCGCAAGUCAUACAAUUUCGCCCUCGAUAAAGAACCCAUCACGCAGGCAUUGCUUGCCUCCUUUCCCACCUCCGACUACAGUAGGAAGAAGAAUGCGAAGCAGACCCCAUCGACCGACACCAAAGACGCCCCCCGUCGCUUGUCUCGAGCACUAGUCGUUAUCCUCCGCACACAGGCCCAUGUCUACUUCCUCUCCGGUACCAGCCAUGUCGUGCACAUGCCGUUCGAAGUCGAGGCCGCCUGCGCCGCUCCUCAGGGAGUCAUCAUACAGCGAAAACAACGAAGCGACAACACAGCCCCCGCGUCUCUCAAGUUCCCGAAAGUGCCGCCAAACUCCUUCGUCUCCUCGCAGAUCACCGUCACCUCCCCUCGAAGCUCACACCAUACCGCCUUCUCCGUCGACGGCCUGAACAAGCCCAAGUCUUUACCUCUGAGGCUGGGGUCUACGUUGGGAAAUAUGUGGGAGCCGUUGCUGGACCAGCCAGAUUCCCACUGGCCGCGGCUGGUUUCUCUGAUGGACCCCUUGCAAGACCUGGGACUUGUCGUCACACGACCUGAAGCUGGCACUCGGGAGACGAGGAGGAAGAGCACGCCUAAGUCACCCUACUUUCUCGACCCCGCGGAGGAGAUUUUGCACAUCGAAGAGAUCAAACACCCAGGGGCCCCCAAAACGAAGGCCACGGAGCCGUUGAUUCUUGCCGUCACCAUCAACCGCGAAGCCAGCACGUAUGCCGUGUGGAGGUUAGCAUACAUCAAGAACCAGGACCCAUUCAUUGGCCGCCUUAAGAAGGACAAGAGUCGAGCCGAGCGACGUCGUAGUUCCAUGCAGCCCAACUUCGCCAGCGGCGCGUCAACCCCGGUCCAGACCAACUUCCGUGAAAGCUUCGGCGCUCCCUUGCCCGGCAAACGCUCAAGAAAGAGCGAAAAGGUGGAGAAGCUCGAAAAGGUCGAAAAGCCGCUCGACUUGGUGUCUUCGCUGGAUCUGGAGAAGGAAACGGGUGCAACCAGACGGCAAUCUCGCCGCGUUAGCUCCAUGCUGGCCCGCGCCGAUCUCUCUGCCUCCCAAGAUCGAUCCGUCUUUGCUGACCAGCCAGCGCUCGGGGGAUCCAAGGGUAGUCAAGGACCUAGACUUAGUGGUGGCUACGGUUCCUUCAACCACAAUCAGACCAUCCACCCUAGUUUGGGGAGUCUGUUGGAGGCCCCGAUCGAUGGCGUGUUGGAGGAGCUUCGAGCCGGUGGCGACUUUGAGGGUUUCCACAAUAUGGGACUGGAUGAUCACGUCUUUGAUGGGCUGACUGAAGAGGUCAUGUUCACCAAGAUUCAGACCAUCUCCUUGGACAACACCAACGUCCGCUACUCAUUGUCCAAGCAGCCUGCACGCGGCCAUUGCAAGGUUUUCAUCUUGACCGCGCCGCAGUUUGCAGUCGACGACCCUCUUCGCGGUGAACUGUUAAUUGGAAUCCAGGACUCGCUCGACAAGAGACUGCAGCUUCUGACGAUUGACUUGCAGCGAGGGCCGCGAUUCCUGGUGCCGCCAAAGCCUGGAAAAAGUGCCACCUCGUCUGAAGAUCCUGUUCGGCUGUCGUGCGGCGCUCUCCGACGAGCACAUCAUGUGGUGGACUCUUGCAAAGUGACCGAUGGAGACAUCUCCGUCAUCCUCAUUCUGUCAGAAGGACACGAGGGUCGUCGAGAGCUCAGCAUACAAGCACCAUGGAGUCAGAUCACCCCAAUCAACCUGCCCCUCAUGUCCUUGGAGAACGUCAGAAGUCUUCACUAUCGUGGCCGCGUGGUGGACCGAGAUGUCCGCCAUCGCAAAUCUGAAGUCAUCGAGGUUGCUAACGGUAAUGUCGGUGGCCUUCGGUAUUCCAAAGCCAAAGGCAUCGUUGAUAUGGUCGACGGCGAAGAUAGACAUCAUCAGAUCCAGAUCCAGCUUCAACCCCAUAAUUCGCUGGUCCGCAAAGUGUUGGAUGCUUGUCGCAGCAUUCUCCCAGCAUCUCAUGCCGAGAAGAUGUUCCCUGGCUGGUGGCACGUCAUGAUAUGGCUAAGAUGCGAGGACUUUGACGUCGCCGAUGCUGAAUGGUCUGCACUCGUUAUCCAGCUGCUAGCCAUUUAUCUUGCCCUUGGCAAAUCCGACUCGAAGCACCCGUCCCCGACGAAAUCAUCAAGAAGCAAGCGCCGGCAGCAUUCAGGCUCUUUUGGGUCAAUACAGAGCCUCGAGGACUGGAACACGCUACAGCUCCAUGAGACACCGAACGCUCUGGGAUGUCCGAGCUGGCAGCAGACUGGCGGCUGGGCGUGGACCCUUGACAAGGAAUUCGACGACGAUCUGGAGACACCCAACCCUAGUCUAAGGGAGUCCAAGUUUAUGUCUACCCAUAUCCAGUAUGCCAGAGGCUAUCUGUCCUCCACGUUGGGAGAAAAGGCCGUUGGCGCAAACGGUUACCUUCCUACGGGAAUGCAACGGAGUGCCGAGAACCGCGGCAAUGCUGCCUGGAACAUCUUCGUGGCGCUUCAUGUCUUGCUUGAGGAGCAGAAGCUAGAGAUCAUGACCCCAGAAUACGCGUCUCCGGGAACUACCCAGUUGAGAGUCGUCAUGGGACAGAUUGCGCGAUGGCUUGGGUGGCAAGAUUUCGUGGACAUGUACGAGCUGGGCAUUCAGGAGGAACUGGAGCCUCGCUACGACACAGAGCUUCACCUUGAAGUCCCCCUUACGCAACCAUCAGGCGUCGACUUCGACAUCUUCCACUGGAUCCAGACUUGCUUCUCCACAGGCCAAUAUCAUCCUUUCCUCACCUUAGCCAACCUUUAUCACUCCCAGACCUCCAAGCCAGAGCAAGACUCGCUCAAGGACUCCAGAUGGGCAUCAAUAACCCCUAGAACACUCAUGUUCAAGCGUCUUUUCGAGAAACUAACCCCAAAGACCAACUCCGUUGGCAUUGUCGAAGCCAUGCACUCGGCCGGCAUAGACAGCCGGGUGCUGGAGACUCUCCCAGAAGCUGUUCUUACACCUCUGAAAGAUUCGAUCGCUAGAUGUCAGGCUCGGCCGCCGCCUUCAUGGCCCAAAGACCUACUUGAACUCGUCAAUCGCGGGGAUGUCAGUAUGAUUUUGGCUCCUAGCAAGAAGCUAGACAAAAGCAGUGCCAGCAUUCUUACACCCACUCAUACCGCGUCUUGGGAUUACCGAACUAUUUGCCAGAGCGUUGAGGAGUACAACAACACCGGCUUUGAUGAAGGAGAGGGCACCGAACGCCAAGCAGUCAUUCGAGCCCUCUUCAAAGAAGACCGCCGUCUCAAUGAAGCACAGGAGCUCCUAUCAACACACAGAGCCCGUGUCGUCCGUCUUGAAACCAGGCCCAACUGGUCUGAGAGCGAAUACCUGGAAAAACAGAAGGAGCUCGUUUCGAGGAUCGCCACCGGCACCCUGGCCAUCCCGGCAGGCCGCGCUCUGUUGUACUACAGCCUGCGAUACCCGCUGCUCACCCAAAAGACUCACGUUGGGGGCUUCAACCUCAACUGCAUUGUUCGCCCCACCAACGUUACUGUUGGUGUAGACAAGUCGAUGUUCACUGAAGAGAAGGUCUGCUGGGGCUUUUUCCACCAAGGAGUCGCAGCUGGUCUGGCCAUUUCACCACAGGCCAAGGGCAUUGACACCUCAUGGAUCUUAUACAACAAGCCAGGCCAAGACCUUAGUAAUCGUCAUGCGGGCUUCUUGUUGGCCUUGGGACUGAACGGCCACCUGAAAGGCAUCGCGAAAUGGGUUGCCUUCAAGUAUCUCACUCCAAAACAUACCAUGACCUCCGUUGGUCUUCUUCUUGGUCUCGCCGCAUCCUACAUAGGCACCAUGGAUUCUCUCAUUACCCGUUUACUGUCGGUGCAUGUUACGCGCAUGUUGCCUCGCGGGGCUGCGGAGCUUAACCUAUCGGCACUCACGCAGACUACGGGCAUUAUGGGAAUAGGUCUCCUAUACUGCAACAGUCAGCACAGACGCAUGAGCGAGAUCAUGAUGUCUGAGAUCGAGCACGUUGACGAAGAAGAUGAGGAUGAGCCCUUGCGAAGCGAAUGCUAUCGGCUUUCUGCUGGCUUCGCAUUGGGACUCAUUAAUCUCGGCAAGGGCAACGACCUGAGGGGCCUGCACGACAUGAGGCUCACUGAAAGUCUGAUCAAUAUUGCUACAGCCACCAAGAAGGUCGAAAUGGUUCACGUGCUAGAUCGAGCAGCCGCUGGCGCAGUAAUGGCGCUGACAUUGAUAUUCAUGAAGUCCGAGGACCACAUCGUCGCUCGCAAGAUUGACGUACCAGACUCCAUCGUUCAGUUCGAUUAUAUCCGCCCCGACAUCCUCCUCCUGCGCACAGUCGCCAAGAACCUCAUUAUGUGGAGCAAGAUUGAGCCCACAUUCGACUGGAUACUGGGCAGCUUACCCAAACCAUUCCGUGUCCGUCACAAGUUAACAGGCAUCUCUAAGCUGAAGAGCACCGACCUGCCUUUCUUCAGCAUUCUUACUGGCCUCUGCUUCUCCGUCGCGCUGCGUUAUGCGGGCAGCGCGUCCACAAAGGUCCGAGACCUCCUCAUCCACUACCUCGACAACUUUAUCCGCAUUUCCCGCAUCCCUGGCACCGGUCGCUUGCAGGAAACCCCCGUAUACGACGAAGAACUUGCACGCUCCAACGCGCGCAUGUGCCAGGAUGUCCUUGCUCUCUCCGCAGCAAUCGUCAUGGCAGGAACGGGCGAUCUUGUCGUACUCCGCCGCCUCCGCCUCCUCCACGGCCGAGACGACCCCGAAACUCCGUAUGGCUCUCACCUAGCCGCCCAUCUUGCUAUCGGAUCUCUUUUCCUUGGUUGUGGCACAGCAACAUUUGGCACAAGCAAUAUGGCCAUCGCGUCCCUCUUGAUCUCGUUCUACCCUGUCUUUCCAACCUCGGUCCAGGACAACCGCUCCCACCUCCAAGCCUUCCGCCACUUCUGGGUCCUGGCCACUGACAAUCGCUGCCUGGUCGCCAAGGACGUGGCGACGGGUCAGCCCAUCUCUUCAUCCAUCUCAAUCCGCCGCAAGCGACAGAAAGGCGACCCUGAAGACUCCGACGCCGCCGUUGUCAGACAGACGCCCUGCCUUCUGCCUCCCCUGUCCGAAAUCGCAAGCAUCCGAACGAAUGCCGGCCCAGCCUUCUGGGACCUCGAGAUCGACUUUGAGAAGAACCCAGCACUCAUCGAUGCCUUCAGACAGAACCAAAGCUUGUACCUUCGUCGUCGCCCUGCUCAGGAAGCUCCUUUCUCGUCUACUCUCCGAGCCCUGGGCAGAGAUGCUUUGGUAGACGUCACGGACAACGGCAAGCGCGAUCCUCUCGAAUGGCUCUUCGACCUCGACGCCCUUCGCGACCUGACGUACGCGGAACGUGCCACCGUACUGGACCGCAGCGCCAGCACAGAGGGCGCGGCGGGCGAGAGCUCCGGAUCGUCAGUCGACGCCCGACUCGUGCUGGAGAGGAGCAUGGAUGGGACCAGCAGGGAGCGUCUGUGCGGGUUGAAGAUGUUGUUCGAGUGGGCAGAUCGCCGAGCGCAGAUCGGCGCUAAGGAGAAGGCCAAGGUUGCGGAUGAGAAGGAUUUGGAGUGGUGGAUGAGAGAUAGCGUUGUUGAGGAGCUUAAGGGACGGGUGUUCCUUGCCGGACCGGAGGAGGACAGCAUGCAGCAGAGUUUGAGGUGA